AGGUGCGGUGAGGUCACUCCCUCCCGACUGUCAGCAGCAGCAGCAGCGGCGCUGUGCGCGGUUCAAACUUACAGUCGCACCGAAGAAACCCCUCCUCUCCCGUCUCCCGGGCCUUUGUGUCAAAUACUUUUUUAAAGUGAAGACAGUUCAUUUUUUAACAGUGUGCUGAGGUCGACUCUCAGGAAUUACCGAGCGUUCUUCGUUGUUUUUUUUGUUGUUGUUGUUCGGAAAGCCGCGGCGGAGGGAAAUGUCCAGCUGAGGGUUGUUGGAGAGCCUGAAAACCGCUGGGCCUGCUUCUGUAAUGAUUGAUCAAUGCUGCGACAAUGGCGCUGAAGGCACAGGUUUUAUAUGAUUUUGCCGCUGAGGCUGGAAACAACGAACUGACGGUGAAAGAAGGCGAGACCGUCACUAUCACCAACCAGAGCAUUGGAGGCGGAUGGAUUGAAGCACAGAACUCCAGAGGGGAGGUGGGACUUGUGCCAGAAGACUACAUCGAGUUCAGUAAGCCGCUUCCAUCGUUUUCAGGAGCAGGAACCACAGCACCUACUCCGAGUGUAGGAAAUGUUGCCUCUGCUGACCUGUCAUUCUUUGAUGCCUAUGCUCCCGCAUCAGCACCUGCACAAACCCAGGUGGAUGCUGGGGGCUUGAGUCCCCAGCCGGAUACCCCUGACACCCCAGUUUCCCCCUAUCCCUCGUCCCCUGAUGAGGCGAGUAACGGUAAUGAUCCCUGGUCGGUGUGGAACACGGACCCCUCGGGGGGCGCCAACAACAACAACUGGGCAUCAAAUCCGGAGGGCACCCAGACUGGGAAGAGUGCUGCUGACCCCUGGGGCUCUGUAUCGCAGGGCCACCCUCAGGCUUACCAGGGUCCAGGAGCAGAAGACGAUGAGUGGGAUGACGAGUGGGAUGACGUGAAGUCCAGCGGUGGUUACGCCGAGUCAGAAUCUGGAGACGGUGGAGCGAUGCAGAGAGGCGGAGCUCAGGGAAGUUCAAUGAAAAUCUCCCUCAACAAGUUCCCGGGGUUCUCUAAAUCUGGACCCGAUCUCUACCUCCUGUGCAAGCAGCUUGCUAAAGGCAAAGAAAGGCUCCUGAUCUACAUGGGAGAAGUCGGUCCCGUGUGGUCUUACCCAGAAACUCAGCUCGACUGUGUAGUGGCUGAUCCCAAGAAAGGCACAAAGAUGUAUGGCCUCAAGAGCUACAUUGAGUACCAAGUUACACCCAAUACCACAAACCGACCUGUCAAUCACAGAUACAAGCACUUUGAUUGGCUGUACGAGCGUCUCCUGGACAAAUUUGGGUCAGCCAUCCCCAUCCCCGCUCUACCAGACAAGCAGGUGACAGGGCGCUUUGAGGAGGAGUUUAUUAAGAUGCGUAUGGAGCGGUUGCAGGGCUGGAUGACCAGGAUGUGCAGGCACCCGAUCGUUUCCAGCAGUGAUGUUUUCCAGCUUUUCCUCACCUACAAGGACGAGAAGGACUGGAAGAUGGGGAAGAGAAAAGCAGAGAAGGACGAGACAGUUGGAGUUAUGAUCUUCUCCACAAUAGAACCUGAAGCAACGGACCUAGAUCCUGUAGAAGUGGAACAGAAGUGUGAGCAGUUCAGCAGGUUCACUAAAGCCAUGGAUGACGGGGUGAAGGAAAUUCUCACAGUGGGAAAUGAGCACUGGAAGAGAUGUACAGGCCCUCUGCCAAAAGAGUACCAGAGAAUUGGCAAAGCCUUCCAAAACCUGUCCUCAGUCUUCACCAGCAGCGGAUACCAAGGUGAGUCAACCCUCACCGACGCCAUGACAGAAGCAGGGAAGACGUACGAGGAGAUCGCUCAGAUGGUCGCAGAGCAGCCCAAAAAAGACCUCCACUUCCUCAUGGAGACCAACAAUGAGUACAAGGGUCUUCUUGGAUGCUUCCCGGACACCAUUGGAGUCCAUAAGGCUGCAAUAGACAAGGUGAAGGAGGGCGACAAGCUGGUGGCCACCAGUAAAAUUACGGCUCACGACAAAGUGACCAUGGCUAAACGAGUCAGCACGAUGUCUUACUCUUUACAAGCUGAGAUGAACCACUUCCAUAGCAACCGUAUCUAUGACUACAACAGGGUCAUGCAGUUGUACCUGGAGGAGCAAGUCAAGUUUUACGAGACGAUUGCUGAAAAGCUGAGACAAGCACACAGUCAAUUCACUACGAUGUGAAAAUCCUCCAGUCUCCCACUACAAGACAAGAAGAGUCAGCUCAACACCCAAAAUAUAUCUUUUCUAUUCAGCAUUCUUUUUCCCCUCCCUUUAAUUUAAUUUUCACUUCUCCCUUUGUUUUGCUCUUACCUCAUUGCCCUCUUUACUGCUCGUACCAACAGCCCAUCGUGUUACAUUUGUCCACUGUGCUCAGAAGUUUCUGAUCGGUUUCUGAAAAAGGUUUGGCACUAGGGUUUUUUGGGGGGAGGGGUCAGCAAUGAGAGCAGAACGAGACACACAUCCUGUCCUCAGCCCGAUAUCCAGAGACUGUGACACAUGAAGCAAGCAUCCGAGUUACAGCUUGUGGCCGCACAUGAGUUUUCCUCAUUUUAUGAGUCAUACUACAGAGUUGUUGUUUUUUUCAUGAUUCAAGCCCACUUUUGUAUGUGUAGGUGCUCACAUUAUUUUAAAGCAAUAAAAAAAAAAAAGGUAAAUUAUCUACACGUAGCAAAACCGUAUUGAGCAUAAAAACCAAAGACUUUCUCCGUCCUGUCAGUACGGACAUCUGGGGAGAGGAAUUUUAAAGGUAGGUUUGACAGCAUAUCCGAGCUUUACUUUAUGUUUCUCAGCCAGAGUUUAAUUUGACUUUAUUAAAGGGUAGCAUAUUAGUAGAAGUGGAGUAUUCCUGUAAAAAUUCAAAUUUGUCGGAAGAGUUGGCGAAGGCCGUGUGUGCGCGUGUGUGUGCGUGCGUGUGUGUGUGUCCACUGCUGGCAGUGCCAAAUUCUCUUUCAUCCUGCCCUUACUUAAAAGCUGACGGGAAGCUCCACCUCCUUCCUGACUUGCCCCUCUGGAGGAAUAUAGAAAAAAGGUAAUUUUUCACACCUCACAGCCCCCCCUCCUCCUGCGAACUAUGAUACUGCAGUUUACAUUUCGGGACAGAAGACAAAACGAAGGAUAAAUGAUUCUCAGGUUGGGGUUCAAUAUUUUAAGCUUUCAAGCCAAACGUCAGUGAAUCAACACCUUUGUGCAGAUGCUGCCAAACAUGAUUAUUUUCUCCCCGGUUCUGAAGAAUAUUUUUGACCAGAUUAUGUCAUUUUAUACAUGGAUUAUGUCAUGUAUGCAGUUUUUUCUCUUUUGUUUUUCACUGCCCAGUUUUCAAUCACUAAUCUAAUCUUGUUCACUCUUGUUUUCUUGUCACUUAAUACAUGAAAUAUACAAAAAAUAUAUAUAUAUAUAUUCUGUUGGACCUAUAUGGUGCUUCUUGUCAUUGAGAUACUAUUUUAUGUAUAAAAUUUUCAGUACAGUGCAACUCAGAGAGGAGCAAAAAUUCCAUUUGAUUUAUUAAACAAUGAUUUGUAUUCA